CAUAGGAUUUUGUGACGCCCUUGAGAACCGCCCUUGUAGACUCAGUCUUGAACUACCGCCACGCCUGUAUUUGCUCCUCCUCAUCUGGGAUUAUUGCCUUCUUUACUUCCUCUGUGAAGCACUAAAUACGAGUAGCUUUUUAAGAACAGACCACAACAGUUUCUUCGUUUGACUAUCACUAAGUCUGUCUCCAGAAUGGGAAGCUCCGUUAACUUUAUCAGCCAGCCCUGCCAAUUUUAGUUAAGAUAAGCCUUUGUGGGCCUCCAAAGACCUCUGAGAGACUAGGUACCCAGAGACCUCUGAGCCCCUUUGCUUUUACUCUAUCCUAAGUUAACAUGUCACUGAAAACCGAGUCACGGGUAAAUACCUCUGCACUGCAGAAAAUUGCUGCUGACAUGAGUAAUAUCAUAGAAAAUCUGGACACGCGGGAACUCCACUUUGAGGGAGAGGAGGUAGAAUACGACGUGUCUCCCAGCGAUCCCAAGAUACAGGAAGUGUAUAUCCCUUUCUCUGCUGUUUAUAACACUCAAGGAUUUAAGGAGCCUAAUAUACAGACGUAUCUCUCUGGCUGUCCAAUAAAAGCACAAGUUUUGGAAGUGGAACGCUUCACAUCUACAAGGGUACCAAGUAUUAAUCUUUAUACUAUUGAAUUAACACAUGGGGAAUUUAAAUGGCAAGUUAAGAGGAAAUUCAAGCACUUUCAAGAAUUUCACAGAGAGCUGCUCAAGUACAAAGCCUUUAUCCGAAUCCCCAUUCCCACCAGAAGACACACAUUUAGGAGGCAAAACGUCAGAGAGGAGCCUCGAGAGAUGCCCAGUUUGCCCCGUUCAUCUGAAAACAUGAUAAGAGAAGAACAAUUCCUUGGUAGAAGAAAACAACUGGAAGAUUACUUGACAAAGAUACUAAAAAUGCCCAUGUAUAGAAACUAUCAUGCCACAACAGAGUUUCUUGAUAUAAGCCAGCUAUCUUUCAUCCAUGAUUUGGGACCAAAGGGCAUAGAAGGUAUGAUAAUGAAAAGAUCUGGAGGACACAGAAUACCAGGCUUGAAUUGCUGUGGUCAGGGAAGAGCCUGCUACAGAUGGUCAAAAAGAUGGUUAAUAGUGAAAGAUUCCUUUUUACUGUAUAUGAAACCAGACAGCGGUGCCAUUGCCUUCGUCCUGCUGGUAGACAAAGAAUUCAAAAUUAAGGUGGGGAAGAAGGAGACAGAAACGAAAUAUGGACUCCGAAUUGAUAAUCUUUCAAGGACACUUAUUUUAAAAUGCAACAGCUAUAGACAUGCUCGUUGGUGGGGAGGGGCUAUAGAAGAAUUCAUCCAGAAACAUGGCACCAACUUUCUCAAAGAUCAUCGAUUUGGGUCAUAUGCUGCUAUCCAAGAGAAUGCUUUAGCUAAAUGGUAUGUUAAUGCCAAAGGAUAUUUUGAAGAUGUGGCAAAUGCAAUGGAAGAGGCAAAUGAAGAGAUUUUUAUCACAGAUUGGUGGCUGAGUCCAGAAAUCUUCCUGAAACGCCCGGUGGUUGAGGGAAAUCGUUGGAGGUUGGACUGCAUUCUUAAACGAAAAGCACAACAAGGGGUGAGGAUCUUCAUAAUGCUCUACAAAGAGGUGGAACUCGCUCUUGGCAUCAAUAGUGAAUACACCAAGAGGACGUUGAUGCGUCUACACCCCAACAUAAAGGUGAUGAGACAUCCGGAUCAUGUGUCGUCCACCGUCUAUUUGUGGGCUCACCAUGAGAAGCUUGUCAUCAUUGACCAAUCGGUGGCCUUUGUAGGAGGGAUUGACUUGGCCUAUGGAAGGUGGGAUGACAAUGAGCACAGACUCACAGACGUGGGCAGCGUGAAGCGGGUCACUUCAGGACCAUCACUGUGUUCCCUCCCACCUGCCGCAACAGAGUCUAUGGAAUCCUUAAGCCUCAAAGAUAAAAAUGAGCCUGAUCAAAACCUGCCCAUCCGGAAUAGUGUUGAUGAUGUGGAUUCAAAACUGAAAGGAAUAGGAAAGCCAAGAAAGUUCUCCAAAUUUAGUCUCUACAGGCAGCUCCACAGGCACCACCUGCACAACGCAGAUAGCAUCAGCAGCAUUGACAGCACCUCCAGUUGUUUUAAUCACUAUAGAAGUCAUCACAAUUUAAUCCAUGGUUUAAAACCCCACUUCAAACUCUUUCGCCCAUCCAGUGAGUCUGAGCAAGGACUCACUAGACCUAAUGCUGAUACCGGGUCCAUCCGCAGUUUACAGACAGGUGUGGGAGAGUUGCAUGGGGAAACCAGAUUCUGGCAUGGAAAGGACUACUGCAAUUUCGUCUUCAAAGACUGGGUUCAACUUGAUAAACCUUUUGCUGAUUUCAUUGACAGGUACUCCAUGCCCCGGAUGCCCUGGCAUGACAUUGCCUCUGCAGUCCACGGGAAGGCGGCUCGUGAUGUGGCACGUCACUUCAUCCAGCGCUGGAACUUCACGAAAAUUAUGAAAUCAAAAUAUCGGUCCCUUUCUUAUCCUUUUCUGCUUCCAAAGUCUCAAACAACAGCCCAUGAGCUGAGAUAUCAAGUACCUGGGUCUGUCCAUGCUAACGUACAGUUGCUCCGCUCUGCUGCUGAUUGGUCUGCUGGUAUAAAGUACCAUGAAGAGUCCAUCCAUGCCGCUUACGUCCAUGUGAUAGAGAACAGCAGGCACUAUAUCUAUAUCGAAAACCAGUUUUUCAUAAGCUGUGCUGAUGACAAAGUUGUGUUCAACAAGAUAGGCGAUGCCAUUGCCCAGAGGAUCCUGAAAGCUCACAGGGAAAACCAGAAAUACCGGGUAUAUGUCGUGAUACCGCUUCUGCCAGGGUUCGAAGGAGACAUUUCAACCGGCGGAGGAAAUGCUCUACAGGCAAUCAUGCACUUCAACUACAGAACCAUGUGCAGAGGAGAAAAUUCCAUUCUUGGACAGUUAAAAGCAGAGCUUGGCAAUCAGUGGAUAAAUUACAUAUCAUUCUGUGGUCUUAGAACACAUGCAGAGCUGGAAGGAAACCUAGUCACCGAGCUUAUCUAUGUCCACAGCAAGUUGUUAAUUGCUGAUGAUAACACUGUUAUUAUUGGCUCUGCCAACAUAAACGACCGGAGUAUGCUGGGAAAGCGUGACAGUGAAAUGGCUGUCAUUGUGCAAGAUACAGAAACUGUUCCUUCAGUAAUGGAUGGAGAAGAGUACCAAGCUGGCCGGUUUGCCCAAGGACUUCGGCUACAGUGCUUUAGGGUCGUCCUUGGCUAUCUUGAUGACCCAAGUGAGGACAUUCAGGAUCCAGUGAGUGACAAAUUCUUCAAGGAGGUGUGGGUUUCAACAGCAGCUCGAAAUGCUACAAUUUAUGACAAGGUGUUUCGGUGCCUUCCCAAUGAUGACGUACACAAUUUAAUUCAGCUGAGAGACUUUAUAAACAAGCCCGUAUUAGCUAAGGAAGAUCCCAUUCGAGCUGAGGAGGAACUGAAGAAGAUCCGUGGAUUUUUGGUGCAAUUCCCCUUUUAUUUCUUGUCUGAAGAAAGCCUACUGCCUUCUGUUGGAACCAAAGAGGCCAUAGUGCCCAUGGAGGUUUGGACUUAAGAGAUAUUCAUUGGUAGCUCAAGGACUUCCACCCUGAAGACCACACUGCACACAGUGACUUCCUGGAGAUGUCAUAGCCAAAGCCAGGCCCAAUGCAUUCUCGUAUCCAACCCAAGGACCUUUUGGAAUGACUGGGGAGGGCUGCAGUCAUACUGAUGUAAGGACUGUGAACAUCAGCAAGGCUUCAUAAUUCCUUCUGCCUAACCUUGUAAAAAGGGGGCUGCAUUCUUGUUGGUUGCAUGUACUCUGUUGAGUAUAUACAUAUACUCAAUUUGAGUAUGUGUUGAGUAAAACACAUAUUCAAAUUCCAUAACAUACACCAAAACUCGUUUCCUUUGUAACAAGAAUUUACCUAUAACUGUGAUCUAGGUUGCCAAAAGAUGUCUGAAUCUCCUUAUUCUUCUCUGAUCUUCAUUUAUACAGCCAGUGUCUAGCUGGACCUGCCCUCAUCUUGCAGUUCAUACAGGCGCUGUUUGAGAAAUUGUUUAUUACUAGAAGUUGUAAUGCUGCUUCAAGAUUUUUCAUGGUUACCUGGGAUGCCCCUGCUCAUCUGGUCCUGAAGUAGUAACAUUCACCCAAAUGAGGACAUAGUCCUUAUUCCUUUUCGGUCACUGUAUGAACAAGGCAGACUUUAGCCUACACAGUAGACUGUGUUAGGCACUUCUGAUAACAUUGAUACUAUGUCUUGACACCAUGAAGCAACAGGAAGGAAUAACUUCCAAUAUUGAGACAGAGAUUUAUUUCAUUUUGCUCCCAAAGGCACUGACAAGAUGAGUCCUUGUGAUUAGGCCCAUCUGAUCAAAUGUAAAAACAUGCGUGGGAUAUUUGAUUACAUAGCAACCAGAUAAAACUGAGAGCACACAGCCUUCAGAAACCCCCAAGGUGUCAAGGGGGAUCAGAUCCAGAUAAGAGAAGAUGAUUCCUUCUAGUCCUAUAAAAUUUCCUGUCAUCCUUAGCUGCUGGGUUGAUUGAAAUUUGAUCUCUACAUUUCAAAAUCAAACCAGUGAAUACAAUUUGUCUUCUCAAGAGAAUCAGAGGCAUCAUAACUCCUACCAAGCUAGUAUGAGUCUAACCUUGUUUGACAUUCAGCUCUACUGCUACAUUAUCUUCUUUGAGAAAAAUUAAUUGAUUAUAAAAUAUGUGCUACUUCACUUGCAUUAUUAAAUAUACAUUAACCCCUCUCACCAGGGCUUCCAGUGAAGUUACAAUGCCCUAGUCUGUGAAUUAUCCUGGAAACAUGUUUUUCCUUUUCGGAUGAUAGAGUACCCUUUGAUAAACUAAAUUUGACUAAGCAGAACAACUCUGACAGUCUAAAGAGUUAAUGUGGGUUCUCAUAAGGCCUGUACCUGUAAAACAAAGUGCAGGUGUAAUGAUUAUACGUGUCUAUGGAUUACCUGGACAGACUCCCAUUUGGGUUGUUCUUCAAAGAAGCAAGCAGCUGAUCCCUGUUUUCAUGAAGCUAAUACUUCAGUUGGAAAAAUUAAACAGGAGCACACAGUCAGGGAUAGGGGUUAGCAGAAGAGAGAAAUAGUGUCACAUCAAGGAGAGGACCUCAUGGCUAGGGAACAUUUCACAAAUAAGGUGAGAUUUUGUAACCAAUAAUAAAAAUGAAUGUUUUUAUAAGUAAAUAACUUAUUUUUCAUAUGGCUAUAGAUGGUAAAAUGACUUCAUUCUAUAGUCAUUGUAAAUAAGAAUUUGCUAUUGAUGAAAGAAGUUUAGACUGGCAUUUGAAGUAUUGAGUGUAUAGGAUCGCUAAGGAUUUCUUAGAUUUUAUAUUUAAAUAUUUUUUAAACCUUAGAGGAAACAACAAACUGGCUCUUGAUUUUGAGCACCCUACUCUCAUGAAAAAUAGAAGGCUGAAAGGACCCUUUCCCUUAUAAGUAAUUUAAUCCAAUUUCUCCCCAUUUUAUACAUGAGGAAACUGAGGCUCAGAUCAGAUGAGGACUCACUGAAAUCCACUCAAUAUGUAAAUGGUAGAGCUGGGACUAGCAACAUUGCUGCAGCCUACUGUUGGCCUCUCUUUUCACUUUAUCAUUGCCCAAGAAUGAGGAUAUGCAGUAAACAGAUUUCAGGCAAGAUAUCUCUAAGCUGUUUUGAACCCUCUGGUAUUUUGUAUUUAUGUGUUCGUCUGUCCCCCCUACUAGAAUGUAAGCUCCAUGGGGCAGGGACUUCACUGUAUUUUGUUCGUAGUGUAUACCCAGAACCUGGACCAGUGCUUGGCACAUAGAAGAUGUCAAUAAAUGCUUGUAGAAUUAAUAAACACGGUGAAGGACAGAGCUAAUGAAAUGAAAAUCUUAGCCUCAUAUAAGAAGUCUUACUACUGCUUUCUAUGGCAAUUUUCUUUUCUAUUGCAUCUUCCCAAAGGCAAGAUGCUUAUCUGCAAAGAGGUGAUAAGAUUUACUUGGAGGGAUUUUAUGGAAAAUUCAGUGCAAUAAUUGCUUUUUUUUUUUUUUUUGUGCAGUAGCAGUUUACAUAGUACAGCAUUCUGCAAAAAUUGCAUGAAAUGUGGACCCAAGAUGUACUGUAUGACUUAAUUACCUGUCAUUCUCUGACACCAUUACUACCUACUAGAAGUUCAAAUAAUUUAUCUUUAACAUUGCAAUAUCUGAUAAACCUUUUAAAAUGU